CAGUCUUUCAGUGUAUAAAUAGUAGCUCUUUUUAUGAAAUCAUUGUAUAGAGGUUAAUUGUUAAUAUAAUUACAAAGAAAAGAUGGAAUUCAGUGGUUUAUUCAAUUGUCCCAUCACAGUGAGAGACGAACCUAGUGAUUGGUCGCUUAGAGUAAAUGAACCUGAUGUGAUUGAUGAAAAACCCGAUAUUAAAGACGUCAAACUCUUGUCAUUUCUACCAGAAAAUUCAACUUACAGGCAUCUAAAAUGUGAUAAAAAUCAUGAAAGUGAAGUGAAAAUAGUUUUUGAAUGUGAAGACGUCAAACCUAAAGUGGAUUCGUCAGCAGUUAAAAAGAUUGAAGAUUAUUCUAAAAAUCACAGGCAAUUUAUGAAAUAUGGCGAUGUUUAUACAAAUCUUAAAAUGAUUAAAAUAGAACCUUUUAAUACAGUAAAAAAAUUAUUGGGCGAAGACAAUGCAAACAAAUUGAACAUGAAUUUGAACUGUGACCAAAAUAAAAAACGAAAAGUGAAAGAAAAGUUAACCUACAACUGUGGUACAUGUGGAAAAACGUUUAAACGGAAAUCUCAUCUAAAAACUCACGUCGUUUCUGUGCAUAAUAAAAUUACUUAUGCAUGUAAUAUAUGCACGAAAACAUUCACACAAAAAGGUAGUCUCCAAAUUCACAUCGAUUCGAUAGAGAAAUGCGUUACGCACCGUAAGGAGGUUGGAGUUGAAGUCAACCCCGAACCUCCCCGUGUGUGGGACUCGCCCUCAACCGAUUUGCGUCGGUGA